GGGGAUGCUACGAAAAUCGUGCUCGGGAGUGUUUUUUCAUGAAAUAAAAGUUUUGUAAACUUUGUUAGUGUAUUGUGAUAAACUUUUAUUGUUCGGUGAAAUAUUUGUGGAAUUCUCAUAAAGUGUUUUGUGUGUAAAUUAUUUCAAGAUGAAUAAAACUUGCGCAAGGUGCGAGAAAACAGUAUAUCCUACAGAGGAACUAAAAUGUUUGGACAAGGUGUGGCAUAAAGGUUGCUUCAAAUGCCAGGAAUGCGGCAUGACACUUAACAUGCGUACCUACAAAGGCUACGGCAAACUGCCAUACUGCGAAGCUCACGUGCCGAAAGCAAAACCCACAACAAUGGCGGAGACGCCGGAGCUGAAACGGAUAGCGGAGAACACCAAGAUUCAGAGCAACGUCAAGUAUCACGCGGACUUCGAGAAGAGCAAGGGCAAAUUUACACAGGUAGCAGAUGAUCCAGAAACGCUAAGAAUUAAAGCGAACACGAAAAUAAUAAGCAAUGUGGCAUACCACGGAGACCUCGCCAAGAAAGCCGCAAUGGAAAAGCAGCGACAAAUCAAUGAAAAUGGGGAGCUAAUUGAUGUCGCAUCUAACGACAAUUAUCAUCAACAAAUCGACAACUACGCCACGGAAAUGCUACCACCGAGUCUACCACCAAACCAGCCACAAAAGAACCACUACCAACCACCGCCACAACAACCACAGCCACCCCAACAACCACAACCACCCAGACAAUACCAAGAACAGUAUCGACCGCAGAAAGAAGAAUAUACGUACCAAUAUCAGAAAUACGACGCACCAGAGCAGUACCAGAAUCACGGAAACCAGUACGCAUACGGCCAGUACCCACAGAAUUAUGGCGCAAACACGCAGCCCAAGAUCGGCAGGAUCCAGGACUACGACCCCCUGAGCGACGGCCCCCGCGCACCCCCAAAUAUACAGCACGCCUCCGCUACUGUAAUAUACAACAGCACACGAGAUGGCAAGCAGAGAGCAGGAGGUCAGCAAGCGACGCAACAGAGCAGGCAGAUAGGACGUGUGACCGACCUCGACCCCCUGGCGGCGGAGCAACCGCGAUCCAACAACAACCACCACCCCACGAACCAGCGAGUGUACAUCGCGAUGUACGAUUACGAAGCGAAUGAUAGCGACGAAGUGUCGUUCCGCGAAGGCGACUACAUAUCCAACGUGACGUCAAUCGACGAGGGCUGGAUGACUGGCGAGGUGCUGCGCACUGGCCGCACUGGUAUGCUGCCCGCCAACUACGUCGAACUGGCGCCAGCGCCGCCGCACCACUACGCCAACUAGAAUACUGACAAACGCCAACAUAACGCCACAUUACACAAC